UGCCUGAUGGUGUGUUAAAUGAACUAAAAUACAGUGCCGACUGCCGACGCAUCACGCAUGAAGCUUUGCCAUGUUGGUUAAUGUAGCGACCUCUUAAAGUGACACAAGUACCUGUUGCAACAUGGCUGCAGACCCUGGCAAAUUGUCUAAAGGAAUGAAUGGUUCAUUUGGUGAGCAUGUGUUUGUUGGGGAUGACCAAACCAAACUACAGACAACACUUGGCAAGAAGUUGGGUCCUGCACUUAUCAGUCAAAGGCCUUCUUCAUCUGAAGGACAACGAGUAGCGUUUGUGGAAACUUGGAGGCUCAUAUCCCUGGCCAAUGAAAUAUUUGGCUUCAAUGGCUGGAGCAACAGCAUUUCUUCUCAUUCAAUUGAUUAUGUGGACGAGGUUGAUGGAUGCUAUUUUGUUGGAGUAAGUGCCAGUGUGCGAGUCACUCUCAAAGAUGGCACUUAUCAUGAGGAGCUUGGCUAUGGAGUUUCUGAAGGCCUCCCUUCCAAGGGCUCAGCUAUUGAAAAAGCUAGAAAGGAGGCAGUGUCAGAUGGUUUGAAGAGAGCAUUGCGCAACUUUGGUAACGCCCUGGGCAACUGCUUGGGUGACAAGCAGUAUCUCGAGUGGGUAGUUAACGCUGCCGACCUGCGUGCUGGUCUCCCCACCACCUCCAGGGACACUCUGCUAGGAGACCUCAUCACUUCUUCACAAAUGAAAGCUCCUACGCCUCCUUCAACUGCUGCUAAUGUACAGAAGCCAGCUCCUGAUUUUACUCAACAACAAAUGCAGCAACAAAUACUUCAGGUGCAAUUUCCUCAGCAGGCUACUGCCAUCCAAACGCAGCGCUUGCCAGGACCAUUUCAGCAACAGCAGUUGCCUAUCUUGCAGCCCAUUGCCCUCACCGGAGGUGUUGGAGGUCUCAGCACAUCCACAACUCAGCAGCUUUUCAUUGUAAGGCCGGUGUCUCAGGCUGGACUGUCGGCUGGUGUUGCUACACUCACCGCCAUACCCACUUCUGGUCUUCACAGCCUCGCGACUUUACCUUCUUCUAGCCUAAAUGCAUUUACCCAGUUAUCUCCAGCAACAAAUUUAUCACCCCACAACCAGUUAUCUCAAGCCUUGCAAUUUUCACAGGCCAGCCAUUCUUCACAGUCCUCCCAACUGUCGCAGCAAACUCCAUUUCCUGGGACACUUCUGCAGUCGGUCGUCUCGGGAGCUCCUAUUGUCCACAGCACAUUGCAGCAACCUCAAAAUUCUACGACUUUUCACCAAAAAACUCCGCUGCAGCCUGCAUCACAACAACCCAAACCGAGCAUUUCUCAAGCUGUUAAUCAAAUUAAAACUCUAUUCAACAAGAGCAAACAUCCGGUAUUUCCGACUGCUUACACUCAGUUUAACGCCUCCAUCGCAAACAGCAUACACCAUUCAUCGUCGCUCGGUAGCAAUGUCCCGUCUGUUGGCUCAGGAGUAAUGAAUAACAUGCAGGCUUUAAUACACAACGGAGUUGGAACCAGUUCGGCCACAUCUGUAAAUAAUACAAGUGAUUCUCUCGGGGCCGUUCCUAAUGGCGUUCCAGUAAGCAAAAGUUUAAGUAACGUUGAUUCGGCUAAAAAUAUGCGUAAGAACGCUCCUACCAAUAAUUUCAUCAGCUCAAAAUCAAAAAUCCACAAAUUCAAAAAUCAAAAUCGUUUUAAGACAGCAGUGCGAUCAAGUUUUCCAUCCUCCUCUCAGGCACACAUUCGUGACAUCCAACCUCGGUCAAUCGUCGCCCCAAUUAACCCAUUCAUUCAUCAGACGACUAAACCAAAUUCGUCUGAUUCUUCAGAAUCCCAAUCUCAGCCUCUGAUGUGUGCAAUUUCUGCCCAAAAAUCUUCAGGUCUCAUGACGGAUGUUAAAAAUUAUUCUUCAAAUAAUAAGAAAAGAGAAAGAAGUCGGAGCAACCAAAGGACUGAUGUUCCUUAUGGGGACAACUCGCCAGAUGACAAAUCCCGAGCUACCAAAAAAGCCUGUGUUCAUCUAGUAACAAUUCAUCAUCCCUUUGAAAACGAGAACGACGUUGAGAUAAAGCAGGAGAGCCUAGAUUUAGACGAAAUAGAUUCUGACUUCAUAGAUCCCUUGAAUAAUUGCGAGGUGGUUAUUGAAAGUUCAUAUUCUCUCGGUUCAAAGGAAGAUGCAUCAUUGCCGUAUGACAAAGAAAAUGAUGAUGACUAUGAAGGCGGUUUUGGCAAAGACGACGAGAGUGCCACUGUAGCUAAAGCGAUGAAUAAGCUCUUUCGAGAAGGAGUGGAGGAACCAGGUUCGGAUUUCGAUCAACUCUCACAUCGCCUCCUGAGGAAUGUUGAUACAAGUUUUGCCGGGGAAGAAGAUGAACUUGAUGACAGCGAGGUCACUGAAAAUGAUUCGGUAGGUGCAUCCCAAGAAGAUUUAAAUGAUAUGCGUAUGACUGACAGUCCGGAGUUUGACUGGCCAAAUUUGGCUGGAGAUGACAGUCCAAGCUCAUCUAACUCCACUGUAGCCGAGAAAUCUGAACCACGAGACAAGUAUAAAAACGCCGAGAUAGUCGAAAAUGCCGAAAUUUCAAAAGCCAUUGAAAAAACGGCUGGGUUAUCAGGAGCAAUUGAAGAAAAUGUGACAAAUACACAGUCUGUAGAAUCGUCCAAAGAGACGUCCAUUGAACUCCUGCAGACACGUGAGAUAACUACUGACAAAGUACGGCAGCCACCAAGUAAUGUCAGCUUAACUCCGUGCAGCCGUAUGGAAAUAGAAGACGAGCCUUGCGUUGCUGAUGAGAGCAGCAGUGCCAAGCAUGGAAGUGUGCAGAACGACGUUAAAGACAGCGUUGAGUCAGUGAAGAGCAGUAAAUCUACAGCAUCUGGUGACCUCUCAGAGCUUGAGAUUUGCAAAAAAGCAGCAUCAAGCCAAGCUUUGAAUCCUAAUCGGGCUGAAAAGGCAUUGAAGAGCGGUAUUGAGCUAAAUAAUUUUGGAUUGGCAUCUGACUCCAUUAGUAAAGAAGAAAUUACUGCUAAACUGAUAUCUCUAGUGUCUAAUAGAAACACUCAGGACAAAAAUAAAAAUGAUUGUAAGGAAACUGAGAAAACUAAAGUAGUUGAUGCUGUUAAAACAAUAGAUGACAGGCAUAGGCUGGUCAAUGAGGAGAGAUUUUCUAGGGAAAACCUUGAUACGCUAACUCUAAGAAUCACCGACUCAGAUGAGGAGGAAGGUGACUUAAGUGAUCCCAAGUGUCUCAAAUCGGAUGAUUUGAGCUACAAUUUAGACGAGUUGUUUGAUGCAGACAAUAGUUCGCUGAGUGAUGGUGAUAAUUCGUUUGUGGGUUUCCUUGAAGAAGAGCGAUCUUCCCACUAUUUAUCUGCAUCUAAAGCUGUUGAAGCUCCCAAGCUUCCGAUGAGAGCUAAAUCCCAGGAUUCGACGCAUGCAAAUCCGAAGCACAGUUGGAAAAUGAAAGUUCGGGUUCGUGAUGGCUUUGCUCUGCAAGCUGGCGUGCAGAACGUCGUCGACGAGACCAAAGACCAUCCCCUGGCAGUGGCUAGCUAUGCUUCCUCCACACUCCAUGAUAAAAAAGAUGCAUCCAAAAUUUCAACAGCACCAAUUGAGGGUAAUGUAAAACCACUCAAGGAUUGUUUGUCGUCUGGAAGAGCUGACAGCCCUGAUAGCGUCGACACAAACGGCCGUCUUGGAGCAACCUCAAGCAAGCUCAGCCCGUCAUGGGGCGGCGAUGCUUCUCCUUUGAUUGAGCUUCAUAAAGCCACUAAUUCUCUUGACGGUGACUGUAAGAACUCGUCUGCUAUUCAUCUCGAACAUGACCAUACUCCGAAUGUGAAAAGAAAUCCUAAUAUUGAGAUUGUCUCUGUGUCGAGUGCUGUUAAGCAUACCAUCAUCCAUCUUCCAAAUUCCCAGGCUGUAGUGCUGGCUACUAAGAAUGCUACAGGCUCAUGUAACGAAGCAUGUGCAAAAAGCAUUCCUGAGCCUGUCACGCCCAUUAUAACAGAAGAUGUUGCUGUAAAUUCUCUUUCUGCUCUUGUCACUAAUGGACAAAGAUCAUCACCUUCAUGCCCGUCCCUAAGGAUUGGCAAAGAUCCUUCUAAACGCCUUUCUGUACAUCCGAUCACUGAGCUAUCCAAUUGUAAAAUUACCGGCGAAGGCAAGACAUUUAUUAAUGGUGAAAGGAACUUAUCAACCGCUUUUGUGAACCUCAGUUCUGUAAAUAAUCUUGAAAACGGUGAAGUCGCUCGUACCCAUGUAGGCAAUGCUCUCGUCAAUGGGAAGGAUUCGUGAGCUUUGAAUUAUUUAAUUCAGCAAAACAGGCUGUUAUUUGAACAUAUUUAGAAUUGCUCUCCUGUAUUGAAAAUUUAAAUUGCUCGUGCUAUCAAUCAAAUAUCAAUCAUUGAUGAUUGAUAUUUUCACGUUUGUAUUUUGUGGCAUGUUCUAACUUUUACCUUUUAUUGAUGCGCGGCUGCUAAUUUACGACCCGGACACCACAGCAAAAUUUUACAAUUCUAGAAAUUUCAUUGUAUUUCUCAGUGUGUGUUGUAUAUUUCUUUUCAAGUAUCUCAACGCUAACCCUAGUGGUCCGAAAAACAAUUUUAAUCAUUUUAUUGUUCUUAAAAUUUCUUUAAUUUCACAUGUCGGACUAAUGAAAGUUUUUAUAGUCGCUUACAACAACUAUGAACGCUAUUACUGUUCAUUGCGAUAAUAUUUGGAUUUAAUAUUAAUUAUUAGACGUGUCAAACAAUCGUUUGUGUGUACCUCACGCUGCUUCUCUUGUUACCGAGAAUAUCUGUUAUGGCCUAGUCGAUGUGAACCCUCAUUUACAGCGCUUUUGCCUGAAUGAUUUCUCAUUUCUUCAGUUAGCGUACUCACUUCGACCCAUAUUAAUAUUUAUCUUUCUACUUUAUUUAAUAUUUCUUUCUCUUAAAAUUAUGAAUUGUGUUCAAUUAUAUUCACGAAGGAGCAACUAGGAUGGGUCGCAAGUAUGAACAGUUCAGUAGAAAGUAUCUUAACAAAUAUUGCAGUUACAUUUUGUUCUUUUAAAUAUUACUGGUACUUCUUGCAUCACUUGUCCAUACUUUCUAUUUCAAAGUAUCUCUUUUUGUAUAUAAGUGAUGCAUGAAAGUUUGUUAUGACGUGUGUUAGACUUGUGUCUAAGCAAGUUUUUAGUGUUUGGAUCUAAUACACUUCCCUAAAUCUUCACAUUAAAUGUAGUUAGGUAAUUUCUGCUGACUUUAUUAUAAUUUAGAAUCAGAAAACUGUGAAACUUGUCAUUGGAGCAAUUCAUGUUUGAUUAGCGAUUAAAUUGAGUUAAGCUAGUAGGAACGAGCGGAGUAUUUCAUGCUAGUGGCCUAAGCUGCUCAUAUGUGAGGAGUGUUGUUGAGCGCCUAGAAUUGUCUAGCUGAAUUGCAUCGCCAUUACAAUUGUUUCGUUUCCAUUCAAAAUAAAUCUUCUGAGGUUCUCCUUUGGACAUGUCUUACUGUUAAUUGAAAACCUAAAAAUGCCGUUAAUUUAUUGUUUAAAAAUGUACAAUGACCGCUAGUUUGAUGUGCCUAUUCAUUCGAUGCUAUUUUGUUA